UUAAAUUGUAAUACCGCUCAAUCAGAAACUGUUCUAGUUGCAUGUUGACGUUGUUGUUAUUCUUAUAAAACAGAAAAAAUAUUUCAAAUCGGUUUGGAAUAUUAUUGAUAUUUUAAAUUUUUUUCAACAACAAAAAUAACAUUUAGUAAAAUAUUGAAAAAAGUUCAAGAUAAUUUAAAAUGGAUGUUAUUGAGUUUUUUUGUAAUAAGUGCUGGAGUCCAAUGAAAGGUUCAAAAUAUGCAUUUUCCAUCACCGAGUGUGGGCAUUUUUGCCAAAAAUGUAUGAAAAAAGCUGGUAAUUCAUGUGCUAAAUGUAAACUAACUGCAGUUAAAUCUUUGGUUUUAAAUCAGCCACUUUGUGCAUCAGUUUCAACACUCUUCAACCCUCUUGUUGAAACAGUUAAUCAACUUGGAGCAUCAACUAAAUUUCAAUUAGGACAGUACCAUAGUCUUAUUGAACGUUACAAAGAAUUAGAGAAAAAAUAUGAAACAUCAAAAAAGUCAUAUUGGCAGUUGAUGCAUCACUUAAAACAGAUUAAUGCAGAUAAAGAAAAAUACAAAACCAAGUUGUCAGAAAAACAAAGACAAAGAAACUAUCAGCCAGGUAAUACCACCAUAUCUCAAGAUUAUGGAUCACCAUUGCAACCUUAUGACAAAAAGUUCACCAAUGGAUUUCCAUAUUCACCACCAAGUACUUUUCGGGGAUCAGUUGAAGACACACCAUGCUCAUCACGUGCGAGUUCAAAUCAAAAUUUCAAGACUCCAGAAUCUUUUAAUUCUGCAUCAACAAUCCAAGGAAGCAGCUGUACUCAGUCACACAUUACCCCUGAUGGUUUUAGAAUCCCACUAAGUACCAGAGUACCCAAAUCAGCUGGUAGAUAUUCAGUAGUUUCUUCAGAAUCGUCUAAUCUUACUCUACCAUUCAGAAAUUUCAAACCCUUUGGUUCUUCCAAUUUCUUUCGUCAACAAUGAUGCAUACUGGAAUUGGUUUUUUUUACCUUGAAUUGCUAAUUGUUUUUGAAUUUUUCUAAGUUUGAACAAAAAAAAACAAUCGAAUUAAUUAAACAUUUCAUUCCAUGAAAAACAUUA